AAACCCCGCCGUCCGAUUGGUUCGUCAUUUCCGGCCAACCCCGCGUCGUCACCGACAACUUUGUCUUCCAGCGACCAUGCUGAGGUUAUCAAAAGGCGUCUCACGCCCUAUAUGCUCUUCCCGUUCGUUUGCGACGGUCACUGAGCCGCCUGUUAGGAGAUACGGAGGGUUGAAAGACCAGGAUAGGAUUUUCACCAAUGCAUAUUGUAGGCAUGAUCAUGGCUUGAAGGGAGCUCAGUCAAGAGGCGACUGGCACCGAACCAAGGACAUCAUCCUCAAAGGCGACUCGUGGAUCAUCCAGACGAUCAAAGACUCGGGUCUGCGCGGUCGUGGAGGUGCUGGCUUUCCUAGUGGUCUCAAGUGGAGUUUUAUGAACAAGCCUGGGUGGGAGAAGGACCCGAGACCCCGGUACCUCGUCGUCAACGCUGACGAAGGCGAGCCUGGUACAUGCAAGGACCGUGAGAUCCUCCGGGGGGACCCACACAAGCUCGUUGAGGGCUGUCUUGUUGCGGGAAGGGGUAUGAACGCUACGGCGGCGUACAUCUACAUCCGCGGUGAGUUCUUCCAGGAAGCGAGCCACCUCCAGCAGGCCAUCAACGAAGCGUACGCUGCGGGGCUUAUUGGCAAGGACGCCUGUGGCUCCGGGUACUCGUUCGACGUGUACCUCCACCGUGGGGCUGGAGCCUACAUCUGCGGCGAGGAGACCGCGCUGAUUGAGAGUCUCGAGGGAAAACAAGGCAAACCUCGUCUGAAGCCGCCGUUCCCGGCCGAUGUGGGGUUGUUUGGGUGCCCGACGACGGUGGCGAAUGUGGAGACUGUCGCUGUUGCUCCGACGAUUUGUAGGAGGGGCGGGAGCUGGUUUGCGGGUUUUGGGAGGGAGAGGAAUCAGGGUACAAAGUUGUUUUGUAUCAGUGGGCAUGUGAAUAACCCGUGUGUUGUUGAGGAGGAGAUGAGUAUCCCGCUGAAGGAGUUGGUUGAGAGGCAUUGUGGGGGUGUGAGGGGUGGAUGGGAUAAUUUGCUUGGGAUUAUCCCUGGGGGGUGUUCGGUGCCGGUUUUGCCGAUUGACAAGUGUUCAGAGGUUUUGAUGGAUUACGAUUCUCUCAAGGACGCCCAGUCGGGUUUGGGAACUGGUGCUGUCAUCGUCAUGGAUAAGAGCACCGAUAUCGUUGCUGCUAUUGCUCGAUUCUCACAGUUUUACAAACACGAAUCCUGUGGGCAAUGCACGCCGUGUCGGGAGGGGACGACAUGGAUGAUGAACAUGAUGGAUCGUAUGGUCGAAGGACGGGGGCACGUUCGGGAGAUUGAUAUGUUGCUCGAGUUAACGAAACAAGUCGAAGGCCGUACAAUUUGCGCCUUGGGCGACGCCGCUGCGUGGCCCAUCCAAGGUUUGAUGCGCCAUUUCCGCCCCGAGGUCGAGGCGCGCAUCGCAAAGUACAGGCAGGAGCACGGGGCGGUUGCGUUUGGGGGUACGUUGGUGAGUGAGGUGAAUGAUAUGCUGGCGGUGCCGGAUAAUUUGGGGGCAAGAUUACCUGUUGAUGCGCCUAGUGUGUAGACAGUAAAUUAUUGCCUUCCUCGUUACUAUCCAUCAUGUCCGUUGCGUAGUUAUAAAUUCUUCUGUAGAGUCAAUUUAUUGCAAGCAGGAGCGUGAGACCGCA